AUGGGGAAGAUUCCCGAAGAUUCUGCGGGAGACAGGGAGAAAGGCAGGGAAGUUCAAAGAGUGGAAACCCGCUGGGGUUUGGGUGCAAGGCUGGGAGGCUCGCCGCUUGCUUUGGAGCGUUCUCGAGUUCCCCGAACCGGAGCAGCAGGCUCGGGAAGGGAGCCGGAGUCUUCAGCCGGAGUUGCUGGGGCGGGUUCAUCUGGGGGAGGCGGUACUGAGAGGGAUCUGUUCAAGGAGACUCAGGUGUUUCCGCUGGCAGUGUUUAAAGAGCCUGAGUUUUCACUUGGGCCGGGUUCACCCAGGGGAGGCGCUACUGAGCGGGUGUUAUUCAGGGAAACUCAGGUGUUUCCGCUGGCGAAAACCCACAGCCCUCUCUCGGGCUUUCUUGCACCUAUGGCCGGUGGGAACGAGAGCGGUGCUGCUGCUGGUGCUGGUGGCGGUGGUGCUGAUUCUGGUGGUGGUGGCAGUGGUGGUGGUGCUGCUGCUGUUGUUGUUGCUGCAGCGGGUGCUGCUCCUGCUCCUGCUGGUGGUGGUGGUGGUGCUGCUGGCGGCGGUGUUUCUAUGGGCGAUGGCAGCAGCAGCGGCAAAGUUGACGCCGUUGGUGCCGGGGGAAGGGCAGGAGCGGGAGCAGGGUCGACGGAUUUGGGAGUGGGUUUAACAGGAGGAGGGCUAGUUGGAAGGAGUACGUUAAUAGGAGGUUUGCUGGGGGGAGGUAGAUCUCGGGGAGGGUUACUUGGGGGAGGUACAUCCGGAGGAGGGUUACUGGGGGAAGGUAGAUCAGAGGGUGGGUCACUGGGGGGAGGUACAACCAGAGGAGGGUUACUUGGGGGAGGUACAUCCGGAGGAGGGCAUUCGGGGGGAGGCUUAUUCGCAGGACAGGCUCAGUUCCCGGACCUCAGCACGCAGCUGGGCCUCAGGUUCGGGCUCUCUGCUUCGGCCAGACCUGACUCCGGCGACAGGAGAGACGGAAAUAGGCAUGGGACUAGAGACGGGACAACGGAAGGAAAUACAGAUAGAGAUGGAGACAGGGAGGGAGAUAGGAGGCGAGAUGGAGCCAGGCUUGCAGAGAGCAGGCCGCCAGAGAGCAUUGAGUAUGAGAGCCGGGAGCUAGCCCGAGCGGUGCAGCAGAACAGAAUACUAGAAGAGGAGAUCGUACGGCUGCAGGUGCAAUCGUGGGAGCUUAAGGAGCAGAACCAGGAGCUGCACUCGCGGGUGGUUCGGCUAGAAAAUACCAUGAAGUAUCGGGAGCAGAGAGGGGUUGGGAGCGGUGCGGGUGGGUGGGUGCAGCCGCAGCUUCAGCGGAUGGAGAAUCAGGUGGUGGUGCUGACGGGACGGGUGCUGCAGCUGCAGCAGCAGAACCGCGCGGCUAAGGGAGAGAUUGAGAGGCUGAGGAAGGAGUUGGAUGCGAGGCAGGAAAGGGAGUCUCAGGAGGAAAGGGAGGGGGGAGAAGAAGAGGAGGAGGGUGCGCCCAACUGGAACUACUUUGCCACUGGAGGGUGUUGA